AUGUGGGGACCUGGCUCAAGUUCACAGCAACGGCAGGUUGUGCUUGUAGGGGCUGGUCAGGCACAUCUGGAUGUGCUGCGAUUGUGGGGAGAGCGACGGCUGCGGGAGGCAGAAGCAGACAAGACAAAGCCUCCCCCCGCCGCUGCACGGCCCCAAGCUUCUACGCCCACAGACACAACAGCGGCAGCGCUGCUGCGCUCUUUCCUGGGCAAGGAUGCGGCAGCGGUAGCGGGAGCAGAAGAUGAAGGAUUAAAAAAGGAUCCCGUGAAUAUUCCUGUGUCAGCGGUGUCUCUACUGCUCGUCACGGAAACCACAGAGGUGCUAUACAGCGCCAUGGUGCCAGGAUACAUAGCGGGAGAGUUCAAACUCUCCGACCUGACGGUUGAUCUUGCGCCGCUGUGCGUCUUUGCCGGUGCAUCGCUAAUUCUCGCGCGCGCUGUAGGCUUGCUUCCAAAGGAUCGCCUUCUUCUGCUGGACGGGAGACGUCCCCCGCUCAGAUUCGACGUCUUGUCUAUCGACACGGGAAGCAAGCCGGAUCUGCCGCUUAUCCCAGGGAGCCUGCGCCCUCUGGCCUUCUGCGGCAACAGUUCUGCUGAAAGAGACUCUGCAGAUGGGGGAGAUUCUAGAGCAGAUCCACGAGAUUUCCAAAGGUCGCCAUCAGCGGAAGACGCUUCUCGUCGUGCUGCGGCUCUCUCGCCAUGCGGGUGCCCUACGCGAAGCCCGAGCAGCGGAGGCGGCAGUAGCAGCAGCAGCAGCCGCUUUUGCAGCUGCUGUGUCUGUCCUAUGCGUCCUCUAGGGGGUAUCGUCUCUCGCUGGCUGUUGCUGAAGCAGCAGUUGCAGCGCGCGUGGCACCAGGCUCGAGACAACAAGAAUGCAGGGCUGAGCGCAAGUGGCUCCCUUGCUCACCACCAGCAGCAGGGGCCUGACGGCGCAAGCAGCACUAACAGCAGCAACUGCAAGGCCGAUGAGUCUCCACGGUUUCGCAUUCUCAUUAUUGGAGGAGGUGCAGUGGGCGUCGAGAUGGCCCUUACCGUGCAAUUCGCAGUGCAGCAGCUGCUGCGGUCGUUGGAACGGCAGGACGAGGAGCAACAGCAGCACUACAUCUCUUCUACGUGUUCGUCGCACAAAGAAGAAGCAGAAUCCAAGAGCCCUUGUGUUUCACCCCUCAAGGCCGAAGUUGUUCUCGCCACCAGCGGCUCCGAUAUCCUUACGGGCUACGCGAAAAGGGCGCAGUCGUUCUUGCGAAGGCUACUCAACGUUCGGGGGGUUCAAGUGUUUGUGAACUGCCGCGUGGAGAGGGUGGAAGAAACCCCAGAAGGGCGCUGGAGGGCGAUUGCUGCCAAUAAGGCACUUGAGGGAACUUUUGACUGCUCCUUUUGCUGCACAAGUGCAAGGCCACAGGACUGGAUCCAAUCGACACGGCUGCCGGUGGACGAAAACGGUUUCUUGAAAGUCUUGCCGACCUUGCAAUGCGUCGACUUCCCCAGUAUCUUUGCUGCCGUGCGUGCAGCUCCGGUGAUCGAGAGCAACAUUUGGCGUUUUUUGCGAGGGGAGACUUUGGAUGUGUGGAAGCCGGGAGGGGCCUUUGUGCCUUCUUUUCUUGUUACGGGCAAGGGGGAAGCAGUCUUUUGCAAGAGUUUCAUUGUGGCGCACAAUCAGUGGGCUUGGCGACAAAAGGUGCGGGCUGUUGGCGCACCUUCCUCAGCUGCUGCUGCCGCGCCUGUUUUGCCUCAGAAGUCGCUGGACUCGUCGUGGCUGGCUAGCCACCGCAUUUUCCCGAAUUCUCCGAAGAGCGCGUCUGGUGGCGAGACGGCGGCUCUGUUGUUUUUUGGACUUAGAGAGUUGGGGGCUGCCGCCGCAUCCGGCGCUGAGGCCCUUAGCGCCUGGGUGUCUGCGAGUGUUGCCACGUGUGACGCGUCCUCCGAUUGCCCAAGCACAAAUGAUCUGCCGCAUCCUUGUUUGGCGGUUUUCGCGCGUCUGCUCGUGAAGGCGGCCACCUGUGGCGCUGAGGGAUGCGGCCGUUCUCCUCGCUGUGCGGGUUGCUCAGGCAAGAUGCCGCAGAGGGCGUUGUCUGCUGCGUUGCAGCAGCUCCGGAUGCACAACACACAGCUCGAGCUACACGAUCAGCAGCACCAGAUGCUCAACUCCGAGCAUGCACCUGAAGAGCAGGACUGGGAGCUGAAGCCCCUUUUCACCCGGCCCGAGGUUAUCUGCGGCUUGCGGUCACCUGACGACUGCUGUCUCUUCUCCCCACUCCCCUUGGCAGACACAAGACCUAAUGCACAGCCAGUGCCUCUGCUUGCUCAAAGCGUUGAUUUUUUCAGGUUCUUCACAGGGGACCUUUACUCCAUGGGCCGCAUCUCUGCUGCCCACGCGCUAUCGGACUUGUAUGCAUGCGGUGCGGAGCCUUUGACUGCUCUUGCCGUCACGCUAAUGCAAAGGGCCCCCCCCGAUCUCCAAGCGAACAACUUGCUGCAGGUGCUCGCGGGGGCGACUAGUGUGCUCGCCGAGGAGGGCUGUGAGCUGGCUGGAGGCCAUUCUGCAGUCGGGGAUGGUCCUUCCGCUGCGGGCUUUGUCGUGACAGGACGCAUCCUAUAUCCUCCCGUUGGCGGAGACAGCGCUGCGGGAGGAACGCCUGCAGCUGCAGCUGGGGGGCCGCCGCGUAGUACUGAGUGUCUGCACAGCGCGGAGGAAAACGGAGAAGAGGAGCAGAAGCAGAAGCAGAUCGUGUUUCCUGGGAAGCAACUUGCUCCUGGUUUCCCCCUGCGCAAGGGCAGCGCAGGGGUGUGCCACGGAUCCGUUCUCCUCCUGACGAAAGGGUUAGGUUCUGGCGUGAUUUUUGCCGCGCAUACAAAGUGCAGCGCGAAAGGCGGCUGGGUGGAGACGGCGCUGCAACAGAUGCAGCAAACGAACCAAGCUGCCAUGCAUGCGCUGCUGCAGCACGGGGCCACCGCCUGCACGGAUAUCACAGGCUUCGGAUUGGCGGGUCACUUGCUGGAGGUUGUAGAUGCGUCAAAUAGGGCGCUUGCGAAGCUGGGGAGCUCCGAGAAGCCUGCAGCUUUAGGAGCAACAGCCACAGCGGGAGCUGCCGCGGAUGGAAACGCAGCAGCAGAAUCAGCAUCUGCAGAGCGGCUGGUAGGGGCACGGGUGUGGCUUGAACGUUUGCCGCUACUUCCAGGUGUCUCCGAGCUUACCAGUCAGGGCUUCUUUGCUUCUCUGUUUGUCGAGAAUGCAGCCACAGCGGCCAGACGUUUGGUUGUGUCCUCUGCGGAGGACAUCAAGGGCGAGCCGCCUUUGGCGUCUCUGCAUGAAGGAAAUGUGAGGGGCCUCUCUCCUACUGAGCAGCCGCUGGAAGGUGAACGUGAGCUCCUGCAGGUGCUGCAGCAACAGCUGCACGGGCCUUGCUGCUGCAGACUACCGGCCCCCGUGCAGCCGAAAGACGUUGCACAGCAGCAGCUUAUGAGAGAAGAAACGGCUCCCUGUAGCAACACCAACGGCAGCUACACCUCUGCCUGCGCUCGCGCCACGUACAGCGACCCUAGCCGCAGUUGCUGUUGUUGCAGCACCUGUAACGAUGCUUCCCUGGUAUUCCCAUUGCUGUUCGACCCACAAACCAGCGGGGGCCUACUGGCAGUGGUGCCUGCAGCCGCUGCAGCUUCCUGCCUUAAGGCCUUGAGGGCGCACUGUCCAGCAAUGGCAAUAGGCGACAUAGUGUCUUUGUCAGCUGCUUCUGCGGCAGACGCGGGAGUCUCGCGCAAGAAGCCCAUCCAGAUCGUUGCCCGAAGCUCUGCGAGCGCCCCCGAAAUGGGAAAUGUGUGCAGUUGA